AUGGAAAGAGUAUGGGCUGCAUACUAUCUUUAUAUGAAGAAUGACAUUUUAGCAACAGGUUUGCUGUUCUUUCUAUUACACGAAUUUAUGUAUUUUGGAAGAUGUAUUCCUUGGUUCAUUAUUGACAGAACCCCAUACUUCAAGAAAUACAAGAUCCAACCAAACAAUUACCCAAGCAAUAAGGAACAAUGGGAAUGUACUAAGUCUGUUCUGAAAUCUCACUUUUUUGUUGAAGCACUUCCAAUUUGGUUUUUCCAUCCAAUCUGUGAGAGAAUUGGUGUCUCUUACGACGUUCCGUUCCCAUCAUGGAAGACAAUUGCAGUGCAAAUUACAGUGUUCUUUUUCCUUGAAGACGCAUGGCAUUACUGGUUCCAUAGGGGUAUUCAUUACGGUGUCUUUUAUAAAAUUAUCCAUAAACAACAUCAUAGAUAUGCUGCACCGUUCGGUCUAGCAGCUGAAUAUGCACAUCCUAUUGAGGUUAUGCUACUAGGUUUUGGUACUGUUGGUAUUCCAAUCGUUUGGUGUUACUUCACAAGAAACUUGCAUUUAUUUACCAUUUGUAUCUGGAUCACUCUAAGACUAUUUCAGGCUAUUGAUGCACAUUCUGGUUAUGAAUUCCCAAUCUCAUUGCAUCAUUUCUUCCCACUAUGGGCAGGUGCAGAUCAUCACGAUGAGCAUCAUCAUCAUUUCAUUGGCAACUAUGCAUCAUCCUUUAGAGUCUGGGAUUACUUCUUAGAUACAGAAGCUGGCCAAACUGCAAAGCAAACUAGAGAAAAAGCAAGCAAGACUAAGGCAGAAAAAGCCGCAAAGAAAAACAACUAG